AAUCUGUUAUGUUCCAAAUACUUUUUUUCUUCCUCACCUUUUCCAUACAGCAAUACUAAGGAGAAAAGCUUUCUGUAGUUGCUCUUUGAUUUGGGUAAUAUUUGGGAUCUUAAGCAGAUUAAACGGAAUGUAUUUAGCAUAAUUUUGAUAAAAGCUUGGUGCAGUAAUGUCAAUUAUUAUAGCUCUAUACAGUAGGUAGAGCUUCUGAUUUUGAAAGUUAGACCUCUGUUCUUCAGUUUUACCAUAGCCUGCUUAGAAUAAUAGAGCAGUGACAUGUGGCAGUGAAGAAAUUGGGUAAUUCUGCCAGUGUUAAGUUUUACUGUUUUUAAUCUUGUCCUAAUGUCCCUGGAUUGUUGUCUUGUCUAGUCUGGGGAGGUGUGGCAAGGAAUGCAGGCUUCUGCAUGUAGGCUUUUGUGACCAUUAUUAGAGGGGUUUGGGUUUUUGCCAUCAUAGCAUGGCUGUAAGCAUAAAACAUACAUACAGAAAAUUGCUGUAAUAUCACAUAGACUGGGUAGCAUCGACUUCAGAACAAGAUAAAAUAGCAUUUAUGUAACAAUAAUGUUCCUUUAAAGGGGCUCACAAAGCGAAUUUGUACUUAUAAAAGGAAAGGUGAAUGCUUCGCUAUACAGAUAGUGGUUUUUCCUAGAAUAGUCAAUGUCUAGACAGCCUUGCUAGUCAAGGUAGACAAGUCUAACAAUUCAAAUGCUGCCUGUACUAAGGAACUGAAGUGGCUAAAUCCAUUGUGCACGUUAAUAAUCCAUUUGGUGUAUGCUGAUAGUUAUGUUCCUCAUGAUGAGAUAACACUUGUUGCUGAAUGUCCAGCAUUCCAAAAGCACGCUUUCUAGGAAACAUUCAGAAAACCAGAAUUAGCUGCCUAAUGUAAAAAAGGUAAGCAAGUGAGAACCAAACUGUCACAGGCCUUUAAUCACUGGCUGAAUGUUCCAGAAGACAAAAUACAGAGAGAAUAGUCUGUCCUUUAAGAGCUCAGUACUGAAGAUAACUACACAAGGUGUGGGGAAAGAAAGAUGAACUCUCCACUUACCAAAACCAGAGUUUACAAGACAAAUGUGUUAAUGGAUGAUACCUGACACUCUCAAGAACUGACUUUGGGAGAUCUCAGGUUAUCAUUGAAGUGACAGAGAUGUUGCACAAUGCAAGCCUGCUUGUGGAUGAUAUUGAAGAUAACUCAAAGCUACGGCGAGGCUUUCCAGUGGCACACAGUAUCUAUGGAAUUCCGUCUGUAAUCAACUGUGCUAAUUAUGUGUAUUUCCUUGGUUUAGAGAAGGUUUUAACCCUUGAUCAUCCAGAUGCUGUUAAAGUUUUUACCCGUCAACUUCUGGAACUCCAUAAAGGUCAAGGCUUGGAUAUUUACUGGAGGGAUACUUACACCUGUCCUACAGAAGCUGAAUAUAAAGCUAUGGUACUGCAAAAGACAGGCGGUCUCUUUGGAUUAGCUGUAGGCCUCAUGCAGCUGUUCUCUAAUUAUAAAAAAGACCUAAAGCCGCUUCUUAACACACUUGGCCUCUUCUUCCAAAUAAGAGAUGACUAUGCCAACUUGCACUCCAAAGAAUAUAGUGAAAACAAGAGUUUUUGUGAAGACUUAACUGAGGGCAAGUUCUCGUUCCCAACCAUUCAUGCAAUUUGGUCAAGACCUGAAAGUACUCAGGUGCAAAACAUUUUACGUCAAAGGACAGAGAACAUAGAUAUAAAAAAAUACUGUGUACAUUACCUUGAAAAUGUGGGUUCCUUUGAGUACACUCGGAAUACAUUGAAAGAGCUUGAAUCUGAAGCCUAUAAACAAAUUGAAUCACUUGGGGGAAACCCUGAGCUUGUAGCGCUGGUUGAACAGCUGAGCAAAAUGUUCAAAGAAACUGAAAAUUAAAGAUGUAACUCCUGGAGGUGUAUUAAAACUUUAAAAUGGGGAAAUAACCAGACUAUCUGAAAGGUGUGGUCAUCAGUCUCACUUAAAACUUCUUCUUGUAGCCAUGUUACAGAACUUACUGUUAAAAACAAUUUGUCUCUGAGUAUUGAAAUAUAUACCCUAUUAUCUAUACAGUCUUAACUGUAACUGCUUACAGGUGACUUUGUUAAAGCAGAGGUACUAGAAUUGAAACAAGUUUUGAAUCUAAAUGUGGUCAUCUUUACACAAUCAUCAUCAUUAUUUCAGGCUUAAAACUCUCAUCUUUAACCAGGCUGUUGUAGGUUUCUGGCUGAAAUUCUGUGUUAAAUUAACUCAGGUUUAUGUGAGUGUAUUGUGCAUUUUCAAAUGAUGCUCUAGUAAAUCAAUGUACAGUGUUAAAUAACAAAAGAUACUUGCAACCACAAUGCACAUAAAACUGUUACGUGAUAUUUCUAAGUUAGACUUAGGAAGAUCAGAUGGUUCAAUGUACAGAGUUCUAAAGUGAAUAUCACAUCUAGCUGCUGGGAAUAUUUUCCAGGGGAAUACAAAUUACGAAAGAUAGUAUUCUAUAUGCAAAUAAGAAUAAUGUUUAGUGUGAAAUUGUGGCUUUUUAAAGAUUUCUAAGUACUUUAGAGAAAAGAUUCCAUCGCAUCAGCAAAGCCUAAACUUGCUGCUGAUGCCAGCUCUGCAGUGAAUAGUUCUAGUUGCCUCAUUUUAGAUUUUGAAACUGUCAAGUAUUUUGUAGCCAGGGACUUAAAUCUAAGCACGAGAGCUCAUACAUGUAGCUGUAAAAAGCAACAUAGUAAGUUGCUACUAGAAAUGGAAUGGGACUUAUACCAGGUAACUUCAGGACACCAUAAUUGAUGCAGAUCUCUUUAAUCUCUGCUUAUAAUUGAGAGGGGCUUCUCCAGGAGUUGACUCAUAAUUCAUACUGCAUUCCUGCUCUGAAUUGCUAUCUGGAGGCAUGUUGUAGAUAUCUCCAGAGAGACAAGUUCUGUAAUAUUUUCUUUUUGCUAAAACAAAGUACAGCGUCUUGUUCUACAAGUUAUAAUACCACUAUGGUUUGGUUAAUUGCUUAAAUAGCGCUUUAAAAUUAUGUACACAGAUGUACUGAAAUAAAACUGGAACUGAGAGCUAGAUUGAGGGGGGAGGGCUGAUUGAUAAAACCCUCUACUCAUCUAUAUAUAAAGGUGAAACAAUCAUAAGCAGAGAUGUUUCUGUCAUCUUGUCUGGGCUGGCUUUAAUCAGGUUCAGUUAUGUUGGUCUUCACAGACACAUAAAGCUUUGCUUUGGUGUAGGGAAGUAAUGGUUUGGAUCAAAGAUAGGACUGGUGCUAUUGGUGGUGGUGUUAGCUCAAGCAUACUCUCAACGGAAGUGGCCAGAGGUACUUGGCUUCCAACAGCUGAAGGAUAGUUUUAUGAACAUGUUAAUUUACUAUCCCUGGAAAGCAGGGUCUCAACCCAUGGAGAAAACUAACUGAAGAAGGUUGCUGUAAUGUCUUUCCUGGGCAGCCUUAAGACUCUUCUGAAAGUGAUCAAGCAUGAAAAAAUUCAGGAUGACUGCUUUCCUUCAGAGACAUUAUGGAGUUAUGGAUGAUAGCCUGUCCCUUUUACCUCAUGCUGAAGAGGAAUCUUUGUCUGCUCUGUGAUUAGGCACAGAAUAAUAGCCUUUUCACUGAGUGGACUUGGUUGCCAGGACUGAAUAGCUUACAGUUGGUGAAAGGUAUCUUUUCUUUAAUGUUAAUGACAGUGGAUUGUAAUUCCUUCUUUAUAACUUGCAGUGCUUAGUACUAAGCUUGUAAGUUUUUAAUGUUUUAUGAGAAAAUACUGUCUGCAGCAAAUUACAACGCUUUUGUGCCACGUCUUGUGAGUUUCUAAGCACUGUUGCAGCUGAUGUUGAAAAACUGGGAAAACUAUUGUUGUCAGGAGAAUCUCCUAGUCUUACUUUAAAAGAUAUCCUUGUGCCUGUUGGGAUAUUGUAAGUAUUAUAUAUAAUGCAAAGUGCACUUAGUGCCAUUUCUUGUCUUCUCAGUUGCUGGAUUUAAAUAGUUUUCCAUAAUCAAGCUUUCCUAAUGAGGUAACUCUUCUUAUUUUUGUAUAAAACUUCUCUACUAUCCGAGACUUCUGCUAUGUCAUCACAUUUGGUUCAUUCUAGCGACUUACCCCAGUAUUUAUUCUAAUACCAUAUCUUGUAGAAUGUGCCUCCAUUGACUUAAGAGAAAGUACGUUGGAAGCUUUCCAGCUGCAGGCUCUUUAAACCACAAAUGGAUAAGGAGUGAAAAGUAUCCCGGGAAAAAGCUGCACCAACAAGAAAGCAUACUGUGCUUACUCUUCUGCCUUCAAGGCUUUUGAUACCAGUGUUUAAAGCAUAUCCUGAAGGUAUGUCUUAAAAGGCCCAGAAGCAGAGUAUCAUUGUGCUUUGCUUUUGUUGGGAUGAACUGAAGCCUCUGAAGGUUUUGUUGAUGUAUUCAGGAGUUGGAAGAGGCUGGUGUCUUUUCCCUUCAUCUGUUAAGCAGGUAGAGCACCUUUAAUUGUUAAUUGUCAGCAGUGAUGAUGCUCCACAGUCAAGGCAGAUUUUAUAUUUGGUGCCAUAAGAUGAGACUGUGCAUUCUUAUUGGUGUUCACCAAUGUUGGCUCUGGUACAAGCUCCUGGUGUUUAGCCGUGUUAGGUGAAUCACUUCCUUAAAGCAGCAUGGGAGUUCCUGUGGCUACAGAAUUAGUUUAGUGUAGCUGCGUAAGUGCUGCUCUCUGUUCCUACACCUCCCACAACACAGGGAGCAGAGGGGGUUCCC